AUAUUUUUAAAAAAUUCAAAUUCAGUAAGCUAAAAAAAAAAUACUAAUAAAAAGGGCGAAUAAAAGUUAUUUUAAAAAGACAAAAUAAGACAUUUAGAACUAAAUUAGAGAAUGGAAAAUCGUCCAUUCAAGAUAGUCAAGUUUGAUACAGUCUCAGUAGAAGAUCUAAUGUCUUUAUUUAAUUAAUAUCAGAAUGAAAUACACAAUCAGCUUCUAAUUGAUUUAUCAGUUUCUCAUUCCAACAAGCAGUAAUGCGAAGUUAUUUCUAACUUGGGACUCAAUAACUAAAAUCUGAACAAAGUCAUGCUAAAACUGUUACACUGUCCAAUUGAAGACUCUGGAAUAUCUAUCCUUUGUUUAAAAAUAUCGUAGCUAUAAAACUUAAAAGAUCUAAAUUUAAAUUUUAGUUUAACUCUUUGUACAGAGUAGAGUGCUAAUUAAAUAUCUUUAAUGCUUAAAUAGCUGUCCAAUUUACAGCUAUUAAGAAUCAAUCUUUAUGGGAAUGAUUUAGGAUCUCAAGGCUACAAAGAAUUGAUUAAGUCUAUUAGCAGUUUAAAUAACCUAAAUAGUUUAACGCUUGGAUUAAGGCGAACAGGAUUGGUUGAAUAAAAUUUAGAAAAUACAGGAAUUUAUUUAAACAAGCUCACCAAAUUAAAAUUUUUAAAGCUGAAUUUUAAAGACUCACAAUUGGAAAAUGGAUUAAUUCAUCUAUUUACUGGAUUUUCUUAGUUUGAUAAUCUUGAAGGAUUCAGAUUGAAUUUAGAGAUGUCUUCAAUAUCUGAUUUAGAUUUUUAAGUUCUGGCCUAAAACAUCUAGAGGAAUUAAGUGAUUAAAUAUUUAUCAUUGAAUUUUAAAAAUAACCAAGUUUAGAGAGAUAUCAUGUACAAUUUAAUUAUCAAGAUUGCUGAUAAAAAAUUAUUUUACUUUAAAUUUAAGACUCUAUAUAUGUAAUUAUAGGAAGAUGAGAUUAAAAAAAUAUAAAAUCUAAUACAAACUAAAAUGACAAACACAAAAAUUUUGAUAGACGAUUUUAACUUGGGAUUAAGGAUAUCUUUUAAAGAUAGAAGGAAGUGGUAGCAAAAAAAAUUAAAGAUGAAGUACUUAGUGUGUUAUGAAAAAUAGAGCAAGUAAUUAUGAUUUAAACGACUAUCUCAUGUUGGAUAAAUUGAAUUACCUCAACUAAAUAGUAUAAUAGCUUCAUUAUCUCUAUUCUAAAAUUAACUAACCCAUCUAAUCAAUCUUAGAGCUAAUAGAACAGAUAACACUUAAGAAUUCACAUAAAUAAAACUAAAUUACAAUAAGAUGUAAAUUAAAACUCCUUUUUAAUAUACUAGACUAAAAUAAUUAAAUAAAUAAAUAUAUAUAUAUA